AGAAAAGCGAAAGAGUGAAAAUUUUUGACGGACGGAAUGUUUACGUAAAAAUCGAAGGGGUGUCUCGGUGAAAAAUCCCAAUUUUUCGGUGAAAUCUUGGACCCUGACGGCCACUGCCAUGUCGUUCGCGUUGAACUCGCUCUCGGGCAACGCAAUCGCCACGAUGCAUCCAAUCAUGGGCAGCAUUGCCAACGGGAGUGGCUUCAUCGCCCAGCCGAUGAUGGGCAACGCCUCGCUGGAAUAUGCCCGGAAGCAGCAGCAGCAGGUUAAUCAACAGCAGCAUCAAUCCGGAGCGGCGCCGAUGGAUCUGGAAUCGGCCUCGGAGCGGGACUCCGCCAAGGAGGGUGGUUCGAUGGAGAAGAAGGAGAAGGGAGGCCAUAUGGGGGUGGCGGAAAGUGGUGGACAGAUUCUGUUCAACCAGAUUAUUCCGCAACCGCAAGGGUUUAUGAUGAUGGCACCGGGGAUGGUCAACAUGAUGGACGGAUCGUCGCUGAUCGGGAUGCAAACGUUUCCGGUGAUGACCGCGCAGCAGAUUAGCACCGGGGUUGAUUUGAGCCAGCAGGCAAUGACCAUGGUUGGGGGACGAUCGGGCGAUGAGGGUGGCAAGGAGGUCAUCUACUGCAAGUCUUGCACCAUGUUCCCGCCGAUUGCGAGUGCACCUGCUCCAAAGACGAUUGACCGGCCGCCGGGUUGUAGAACCGUGUUUGUCGGUGGCCUGCCCAACUCGAUAACCGAGGAAACCAUCCGUGAGAUCUUCGAACGGUGUGGAGAAAUUACAACGCUACGGUUUUCGAAGAAAAACUUUUGCCACAUCCGGUUCGUGUACGAAGCUUCGGUAGAUUCCGCCAUCUACCUGUCCGGCUACCGGGUGAAACUUGGCUUCAACUACACCAGCCCGGAACCCAAAGACGCGGCCACCUUCGGCACCCUGCACGUGGAUUACGCCCACGCCCGGGACGACCAAUACGACUUCGAGUGUCGCCAGCGAAAGCUCCAGCGCGAACGUCGACACCGCGAGCGCGUCGAAGAGGACCGCCUUCGGCCCCUCUCCCCCCAGCCCGUUAUCCACUACACCGAACACGAGGCCACCUCCGUCGCGGAACGGCUCAAAACCGACGAAACGUUCGGCAAGGCCGUUCAAACGCUCGUAACGUGGCUCGAGCGGGGCGAUUGCAGCAAAAAGAACGCCAACAAUUUUUACACCAUGAUCCAGAGUACGAAUUCGCACGUGCGUCGACUGCUGAACGAGAAGGCCGUCAACGACGAGGAGUUGGCCCGGGCGCGCGAGUUUUACCGAAAGCAGAUGCAAAGCAUGAUGGUGCAAUUCAAUCAGAUUGAAAAAGUGUUCAAUGCCGCCAGUCACAAGAAGGUUUGGGAUCAUUUUUCUAAAGCCCAGAGAAAGAACAUCGACGCCUGGAAGAAGCAAUCGCUGGAAAUCAGAUCCGUCAAUCUGGAUGAUAUUGCGGACGAUGAAAUGGACCUGUCGGAGGACGAGGGAGGAUCCGCCCCAAAGAAGUCACGAUGGGACGUUCGAAAGGAGCACCGCGACAGCUCUUCCGAAGCGGACACCCAGUCGAUCCGGUCGGAGCUCGAAAUCAAAACGAUGCAAAUCCAGGUCCUCCAGGAAACGAUCCGCAACCUGCAAACGCAACUGCUCGAAAACAAAUCCAAAGAGACGGACCGGCACAACAAAAUCAACGACCUGGAGGACAAGCUGAAGGAGGCGAACGUGAAGCAGCUGCUGCUCAAGACGAAAAUCGCCACCACCCAGUCGAAGCUGUCGCUGUGCAGUGCAACGAACACCACCGCUUCCAGCUCAUCCAAGGGCGGCUCCGAGGUGGACGAAAGCGAACUGCUGCUGGCCGAACCCGUGGUGGAAGCGCCGAAAACUCCUCCCCCUCCCCCUCCAGCGCCAGCCACGAUCGAUCCGCGCGAGGCCAAAGUCAUCACGCUGGUGUCGACGUUUCUGGUGGUGCACCCGCACGGGGCCAGCAUCGACUACAUCUGGUCGUACGUUAGUCGGUACGUGCCGGAGUUUAAGGUCAAACUGCUCGAGGAAGUGCUCGCCCGCUAUUCGGACCUCUUCCGUGAAGAAGUCAGCGGAAUCGGGGCGAAAAUCGAACGGAAUUGGAAGUUCUGCGGCUACGAAAGCAAGGACGAAGAAAAACUGUAAUCUUGUCAGAUGUUUGUGCAACCAAUCAGCUAUUUAUAGUAUUUAUUAAAAAUCUCUCUUCUCUACGAAAUAAAACAUAAGUCAGUAUGUUGUUUUGUACGACACAAGUUUCAAUAAAUUCGUUUUCAUUAUUGUCAUUUUGA